GGCAGAUGAGGCCCAUGGGAGCUACAAAAAGACCCGCUUGUCUCGUCUCGCUCUCAACACCACCCCGCCAACAACAGCGACAACACAUUUUCAAGAGUCUCAAACAGAAUCUCAUACAGAUCAUGGCAGACGGUAUCAAACAGACUUUUGCGAGGUGCAAGGACGAGGGCAGAAGGGCCCUCGUCGCAUACUUCACUGCUGGAUAUCCUACACCACAGGAGACUCCCGAUAUCAUGCUGGGAAUGGAGGCGGGUGGUGCAGACAUUAUCGAACUCGGAAUCCCCUUCACAGACCCGAUCGCAGACGGUCCUACCAUCCAGAAAGCCAAUACCAUUGCGCUUAAACAUGGCGUCACGAUAACGCAGUCUCUCGGAUUCGUACGAGAUGCCAGGGCGAAGGGUCUCAAGGUCCCUGUUCUUUUCAUGGGAUACUACAACCCGAUGAUGCAGUACGGCGAGCAGCGACUCAUCCGCGACUGCAAGGCCGCGGGGGUCAACGGUUUCAUCGUCUGUGACUUCCCUCCGGAGGAAGCCAUCAAGUUCCGAGGAUUCUGCGCUGCUGAGGGAAUGAGCUACGUGCCAUUGAUUGCGCCUUCGACCUCGCCCGCACGCAUGAAGCUCCUAUGCUCUAUCGCCGAUUCGUUCAUCUACGUUGUCUCACGUAUGGGCGUUACCGGUGCCACUGGAUCGCUCGAUACCGGUCUUCCCGCGCUGUGCAAGCGUGUGCACGACUACUCCGGCGGUGUCCCGAUUGCUGUCGGAUUCGGUGUGUCCACGCGGGAGCACUUCCUUUCCGUUGGAGAGAUCGCCGACGGUGUUGUCAUUGGCUCGCAGUACAUCACCGUUCUCGAGCGUGCUGCAGAGGGCGAGCGGCCGGAGGCUGUCAGGAAAUACACUGCCGGGAUCACCGGACGGGAUAUGACUCUGAAGACCAGGGUGGUCGGUAUUGAAGAGGUGAUUUCGAAAGUGGCGGCUGUGGAGAAUGUGGAGGGUCACCCUACUGCUGUGAUCACCGAGGCGGAUGUUCCUAAGGAGGCUGGUUUGCUGGAUCAAAUCGAGGCUUUGAACGUGGAUGGAGAUGUCAACCCCAACGCAAUUCCCGACCGCUUUGGUGAAUUCGGUGGUCAGUACGUUCCCGAGUCAUUGAUGGACUGUCUCGCCGAGCUCGAAGCCGGCUUCGUCAAGGCCAAGAACGAUCCCGCUUUCUGGGAAGAGUACAAGUCCUACUACCCCUACAUGGGCCGUCCCGGGCACCUCCAAUACGCCGACCGGCUCACCGAGCACUGUGGCGGAGCUAAGAUCUGGCUCAAGCGCGAGGACCUUAACCACACCGGUUCUCACAAGAUUAACAACGCCCUUGGUCAAGUCCUUCUUGCUAUCCGCCUCGGCAAGACCGAGAUCAUCGCCGAGACCGGUGCUGGCCAGCACGGUGUUGCCACUGCCACCGUCUGCGCCAAGUUUGGGCUCAAGUGCACAGUCUACAUGGGAGCCGAAGAUGUCCGCCGCCAGGCCCUCAACGUCUUUCGCAUGAAGCUCCUCGGCGCACAGGUCAUUGCCGUCGAGGCUGGAACUCGCACUCUCCGUGACGCCGUCAACGAAGCCCUUCGCGCGUGGGUCACCCAGCUCUCCACCACCCACUACAUCAUCGGCUCCGCCAUCGGCCCGCACCCCUUCCCCACCAUCGUCCGCACAUUCCAAUCCGUCAUCGGCAACGAGACGAAAGAGCAACUGCAAGCCGCGCGCGGCAAGCUCCCGGACGCCGUAGUCGCCUGCGUCGGCGGCGGUUCGAACUGCGUAGGAAUGUUCUAUCCGUUCACCAACGACCCGACCGUGAAGCUCCUCGGCGUGGAAGCCGGCGGCGAUGGCGUCGACACCCUCCGGCACUCGGCCACUCUCACUGGCGGCAAGAUCGGCGUCCUCCACGGCGUGCGCACCUACGUCCUGCAAAACUCCGACGGCCAGAUCUCGGAUACCCACUCCGUCUCGGCCGGCCUCGACUACCCCGGCGUCGGCCCAGAGCUGUCCUCGUGGAAGCAGACGGAGCGCGCAAAGUUCAUUGCCGCCACCGACGCCCAGGCGUUCGAGGGCUUCAAGAACUUGUCCGAGCUCGAGGGUAUCAUCCCCGCGCUCGAGAGCGCACACGCUAUCUAUGGAGGCAUGGAGCUCGCCAAGACCAUGGGCAAAGACGAGGACCUGGUCAUCUGCCUCAGUGGCCGUGGUGAUAAGGAUGUGCAGAGUGUGGCUGAGGAACUGCCGAAGAUCGGGCCGAUGAUUGGUUGGGAUCUGAGGUUUUAGAUGUGCUAGUUGCCAGUUGCGGGAAAAAUUGGAGCAGUUUGGUUUUGGGUUGGUAGAUCAAUGAAAUACCUACUGCUCUUGUUAAUGCAGUUGGUGUGAAUAUUCCCCAUGAAAUUCAAAGGCAUUCGAUUGUCCCUGGUGACUGUGAGUGUCAUAUGAUAGAUCCGGAAC